CCCGCCAUCCGAGUUCCAAAAUCCCGCAGCGCGCCAAGGGCCUCGCGGGAUUCGCUGGUCUCGGUGGAUCCGAGUUCCUAGGUGCUGCGAGGAAGCGCAUCCGGACAGGAAGUGGCUAUGGACGUUGGGGGCUUUUCGUCGCUGCGUUCAGCCUCUGUGGAGGUUCGGGUUCAGCCCGCAGGUUCCAGGUCUCCCAGAGCAAGAGUGAUCGAGUGAAGGAAUGAGGGAAGAAAGAAGUACUAGGACUUGGAAAUCAUUGCUUCUAGGGACAACUUCAAGUGGACACCAAGAUUUCUGACUUCAAGAACUUUGUGGCAGAUGCAGAAGAGACAAGAAACAGAAUCCAUGUCACUGUUUCAUGAGCACAGAAGAUGAUCAAAGCCCAGGAAUCGCUGACACUGGAGGAUGUGGCUGUGGACUUCACCUGGGAAGAGUGGCAGCUCCUGGGCCCCGCCCAGAAGAACCUGUACCGGGACGUGAUGUUGGAGAACUAUAGGAACCUGGUGUCAGUGGGGUGUCAGGCUACCAAACCAGAUGCAUUGUCCAAGUUGGAACACAGAGAUGAGCCAUGGAUAACAGAGGAUGAAAUCCAGAGUAGAACCCAUACAGAAAUGCCUCAGACCCUUGUUGGCCACCGUCCUGUGGUGCGGAGGGACGCGGACGAAGUUCAGCGAAGUAAGUUCAGGCGCUGGCCGGUCGUGAUGGUGUGUGGUGAAAAUCAGGAAUCCCUCACAUUUGAUGAUGUGGCUGUGGACUUCACCUGGGAGGAGUGGCAGCUCCUGGCCCCUGCUCAGAAGGACCUGUACUGGGACAUGAUGCUGGAGAACUAUAGAAACCUGGUGUCAGUGGGAUAUCAAGCCAGCAAACCAGAUGCACUGUCCAAGUUGGAACGAGGAGGAGAACUUUCGAUGAUAGAAAAUGAAAUCCACAGUCGAAUCUGCCCAGAAAUCAGGAAAGCUGAUGAUCCUCUGCAGUGUCACUUGCAAAAUCGAAGUAUUCAGAAGAGUGUGGAACAAUGCUAUGAACAUAAUACAUUUGCAAAUAUUCUUAAUCAGAGUGAAAGUCAUUUCCUGUUAAAGCAAAAUUAUAUGUUUGACUUAUGUGAAAAACCUUUAAAAUCAAAUUUAAGUUUUGAAAGCCAGAGUAUAAACUCAAAGAACUCUACUGAGUUUAAUGAAAAUGGAAAAUCCCUUCUUCAUUCUAACCAUGAACAAUUUUAUAGUGUAAUUAAAUCUCCUAUAAACGUAAAACCCAUCAACAAUACUUCCCAGGUUUUUAAACAGCAGAGAACUCACAACAUGCAGAAAUCCCAUGUAUGUGGUGAAUGUGGGAAAACCUUUGUCAUGGUGUCUCAGCUCGUUGAUCAUCAGAGAGUUCAUACUAGAGAGAAACCUCAUGGGUGCAAUCUGUGUGGGAAAGCAUUCUCUAGAAAGUCCAGACUAACUGAACAUCAGAGAAUUCAUACAGGACUGAAACAUUAUGAAUGUACUGAAUGUGACAAAACAUUCCUCAAGAAAUCACAGUUCAGUAUACACCAGAAAACUCAUUUGGGACAGAAGCCUUAUAUGUGUAAUGAAUGUGGGAAAGCAUUCAUCAAGAAGUGUCAGCUUAUUUAUCAUCAGCGAACUCAUACAGGAGAGAAGCCUCAUGGAUGCAGCCUAUGUGAGAAAGCCUUCUCUACAAAGUUUAGUCUCACUACGCAUCAGAAAACUCAUACAGGAGAAAAACCUUAUAUAUGCAGUGAAUGUGGAAAAGGCUUCAUUGAGAAGAGACGUCUUGUUGCACAUCACCGAACUCAUACUGGUGAGAAACCUUUUAUAUGCAAUGAAUGUGGGAAAGGUUUCACCUUGAAGAACAGUCUUAUCACACAUCAGCAAACUCAUACAGAAGAGAAAUUGUAUACAUGUAGUGAAUGUGGAAAGGGCUUUUCAAUGAAGCAGUGUCUCAUUGUACAUCAGCGAACUCAUACAGGAGAGAAACCCUACACAUGCAGUGAGUGUGGAAAAGGCUUCACCCUGAAGAGUCCUCUCAUCAGACAUCAGCGAACACAUACAGGAGAGAAACCCUAUGUAUGUAGUGUAUGUGGAAAAGGCUUUACCAUGAAGAGUGAUCUCAUUGUACAUCAGCGAACUCAUACUGCAGAGAAGCCAUAUAUAUGCAAUGAUUGUGGGAAAGGUUUCACUGUGAAGAGCCGUCUGAUUGUACAUCAGCGCACUCAUACAGGAGAGAAACCCUAUGUAUGUAGUGUAUGUGGAAAAGGCUUUCCAGCAAAGAUACGGCUGAUAGGACAUCAACGAACUCAUACAGGAGAGAAGCCCUAUAUAUGCGCUGAAUGUGGAAAAGGCUUCACAGAGAAGAGUCAUCUCAAUGUACAUAGGCGCACUCAUACGGGAGAGAAACCCUAUAUAUGUAAUGAAUGUGGCAAAGGCUUAACUGGGAAAAGCAUGCUCAUUGCACAUUUGCGAACUCAUACUGGGGAGAAACCGUAUAUAUGCAAUGAAUGUGGAAAAGGCUUCACCAUGAAGAGCACUCUAGGUAUACAUCAGCAAACUCAUACUGGGGAGAAACCAUACAAAUGCAAUGAAUGUGAUAAAGCCUUCAGGAAGAAGACCUGCCUCAUACAACAUCAGAGGUUACACACCGGAAAAACUUCCUUUGCGUGUACUGAAUGUGGAAAAUUUUCUUUGCGCAAAAAUGAUCUCAUUACCCAUCAGAGAAUUCACACAGGAGAGAAACCAUAUGAAUGCAGUGAUUGUGGGAAAGCCUUCACUACAAAGUCAGGGCUCAAUGUUCACCAAAGAAAACAUACAGGAGAGAGACCCUAUGGCUGCAGUGAUUGUGGGAAAACUUUUGCCCACUUGUCAAUCCUUGUUAAACAUAAGAGAAUUCACAGAUAUUUUAAGAAACUAUCAUGGAGGGUGGUGGCAGCCAUGCCACUCCAGUCAGAAGCGCCAGACAUGCUCCGUGAGGAAACGGUGGUCACCUCACAGCCGCGGGCUCUCAGGCCCCAAGCGAGGGGCGCGCGCUUCCUGCAGGACCCGAGGCCGCUAGUCUCCCUCCUGGCAGCCCUCGACGUCCCCAUCGCUGGCCCGCGGGGCGCGGAGAGCCUAGCAGUCCGACGCAGUUGGGAGAGCGCGCUGGGGGUCUGUAGCGGAGGAUUGCGGGCGGCGGUUAAGGCGUGGUCUUCGGAGACUGGCGAUGAACGGCGAAUGGUCAGAGCCUGGGGCCUGUGUGUUAAUUUGGCCGUGUGCAGUGAUUCAACACGGCAGAGUAGAUCCAGAAACACAAAGCAGAGCUUCUCCACUGCCAGCUGUGUUCAGAGAGCAGAAAAAAUGAUCCAAGCUCAGGAAUCUCUGACAUUUGAUGAUGUGGCUGUGGAGUUCACCUUGGAGGAGUGGCAGCUUCUGGCCCCCUUUCAGAAGGACCUGUACCGGGAUGUGAUGUUGGAGAACUAUAGGAACCUGGUGUCAGUGGGUUUUCACACCAGUAAACCAGAUGUGCUCUCCAAGUUGGACCAAGGAGAACCAACAUGGACGGUGGAAAAUGAAAUCCCCUGUCGAACACGUUCAGAAAUCUGGAAACUUGACUAUUUGCCAGAGCACUUACAAAACAAAAUCAUGGAGAAUAAUCUUGAACAAUGGCAUGAACUUAAAACAUUUGAAAAUAAUGUUCAUCAGAGCACAACUCAUUUCAUGUUAAGGCAAAAUCAUGAUAUGUAUGACUUAAAUGGAAAAACUGUGAAGCCAAACUUAACUUUAUUUAGCCAGAAUAGAAGCUGUGAAAUAAAGAACCCUGCAGAUCUUACUGGAGAUGGAAAAUCCUUUCUACAUGCUAAUAAUGAACAAUUUCAUACUAAAAUUAUAUUCCCUGAAAGCAGAAAACUUAUCAGUACUAAGUCCCAAUUCAUUAAGCAUCAGAAAAAGCAAAAAAUAGACAAGACUCAUGUAUGUAAUGAAUGUGGGAAAGCCUUCAUCAAGAAGUCAUGGCUCACUGAUCAUCAGAUCAUUCAUACAGGAGAGAAGCCCCACAGGUGCAGUCUGUGUGGGAAGGCAUUCUCCAGAAAGUUCAUGCUCACUGAACACCAAAGAACACAUACAGGAGAAAAACCAUAUGAAUGCACUGAAUGUGGCAAAGCCUUCCUGAAGAAAUCACGGCUCAAUAUACAUCAGAAAACGCAUACAGGAGAGAAACCAUAUAUAUGCAGUGAAUGUGGAAAAGGCUUCAUCCAGAAGGGAAAUCUCAUUGUACAUCAGCGCAUCCAUACUGGAGAGAAACCUUAUAUAUGCAAUGAGUGUGGGAAAGGCUUCAUCCAGAAGACGUGCCUCAUAGCACAUCAAAGAUUCCACACAGGAAAGACUCCCUUUGUGUGCAGUGAAUGUGGAAAAUCCUGUUCCCAGAAGUCAGGUCUCAUUAAACAUCAAAGAAUUCACACAGGAGAGAAACCCUUUGAAUGUAGUGAGUGUGGGAAAGCCUUUACCACAAAGCAAAAGCUCAUUGUCCAUCAAAGAACUCACACAGGCGAAAGACCCUAUAUCUGCAAUGAGUGUGGGAAAGCUUUUGCCUACAUGUCCUGCCUCGUUAAACAUAAGAGAAUACACACAAGAGAGAAAUGUGGAGAUUCAGUCAAAGUGGAAAAUCCUCCCUCAGAGAGUCAUAGCUUAUCACAGACCAGUGGUGCCAUGCAGGGGAAAGACCUUGUUAAUACAGUGACUAUGCGAGUGCCUUCUGUGGCUUGUCAGACGCCAUUACACAUCAGUGGGCUCUUAGCAAAUAGGAAUGUGGUCAUAGUGGGACAGCCUGCAGCCAGAUGUGCACCCUCAGGAGACAACAGAGGAUCUGCACAGGACAGAAACCUUAUGAAUGCAGUGAAUGUGGUUGUGCCUUCAGUGGUUAAUUAUGUCCUAUUUUAUGUUGCAGAAAACCAGUAGGAAAAAAACUCAGAAACAUUCUGUGUGGAGAAGGGUUGCACAAAAGUUUCUAGGUCAUAUUAUGUCAGAAAAGUAUAUUCAGAGAGAAACUGUAAUUCUGAGGCUGGGAAAGCUUGAUCUCAUCCUAUUAAAAAUAUGUAUUGAUACACAGGCGUAAUCUGAUGUUAACUCAAAUACAUACACACACCUCAGUUGCUCCAUUUGUGUCUGUUAAAGGAAUGAAGGAAGUCUUAGUUCAAUAAGUGGAGGAAAUAGGUGAAUUUUAAAAACACAAGUAAGUGUGCCUGGAAUACUGGUAUGAAUGAAAAAUCAGGAAAGGGAUAAUAUUAGGUGGGUGAGAUAUGGGGCAUGUAUAUAGCAAUUCGGUUUCUACAGGCCAAGGUAAAGGAUUAAUUGAAAACUGUAAACUCUUAGAAGUUUAUUUUAUGCAGAGGCACUUAAUGAAACAGCAGCCUUAGGUUGAGUCAGUUCAUUCAUUUACCAAAUAUUUGUUAAAUACUCCCUUUGUACUGGGUUUUGUUUGAGGAGCUGAGGAUACAGUGGUGACCAAAACAAAAAGGUUUCUUGGAGAGAGCACUGAGGUAACUGGAUUAUUUUUUAGUGGUACAUUUACUCAGCUUCUAGUAAGAGGAUGUAAAUAUCUAUACUAGGUGAAAUACUGUCUUGGUUCUUUCUGGCUGUUAUAAGACCAUACAGUAGCCUGUAUGGCUUACAGAGAAAGAAAUUUAUUAAAAAAAAAAAAAAAAAGCAAAGUUCCUCUAUAAUGAAGUUUCAAAACUUUCUAAAUGACAUAUGAUAAGUCUUGAAUAAAUAAUGAAAAAAAUUAUUUCUGUUUGGAAGCUGCAAGGUCUAAGAUCAAGGUGCUGGCAUAUUUGGUGUCUAUGGAAGGUCGGCUUCUUGCCUCACAGAAGGUACUCAUCUCAUUGUGUCCUCACAUAGGGGAAGGGGAGAGGCAUUUUCUGCGAUGUCUCUGUCUCACAGGGGUACUAAUCCUAUUCAUGAGUGUUCUAUCAUCAUGACUUAAUCUUAAGGACCCACUUCUAAAUACCAUCAUAUUUGUGACUAGCUUCAAUAUAUGAAUUUGGGGGGGAUACAAACAGUCCACAGAAGAUAAUGGAGUACAUAAGUCCCCUCUUAUAUGGGGGAUAUGUUCUAAGACCCCCAGUGGAUGCCUGAAGCUAGGAUAGUACUGAACUCUAUAGUUUUUUCUUUUUCUUUUUCUUUUUUUUAAGAUUUUAUUUAUUUACUCAUGAGAGACAUAGAGAGAGAGAGAGGCAGAGACACAGGCAGAGGGAGAAGCAGGCUCCACGCAGGGAGCCUGACGUGGGACUCGAUCCCGGGUCUCCAGGAUUGCGCCCUGGGUUGAAGCCGGCGCUAAACCGCUGAGCCACCCAGGCUGCCCUAUAGUUUUUUCUUAUACAUACACAUCUAUGAUGAAGUCUAGUUUAUAAAUUAGACAUUGUAAGAAUUAACAGUAAAACUAAAAAUAGAACAAUUAUAACUGUAUACUAUACUAUAUACUGUAAUAAAAAUUAUGUGAAUAUGUUCUCUCAA